CCGACUCUCGGCGGAGUGAAUCAGUCUCAGUGUUUACACUGUCAGCUGUCAAAAACGACACAAGCGACUCUUCUUCUCGUCUGAUUAGGACUGAAAACGCCGACCAGCACUGAAGAGCUUACCGUAGCACCCUUCUGGACGGACUCUCUGGUUUUCGACCUUUUGCAGCGGGAAAGCGGAUCAACUCUUGUAACAUGAGCUCGGUGGCUGUGUUGACUCAGGAGAGUUUUGCCGAGCACCGUAGUGGGCUGAAGGACACGCAGAUCUCAGGUGGUGUUUCGGAGGAUGAGGCGUACAUUCCUACCUACCUGGAAGCCUUCCCUCCGUUGCCGGAGAAAGGUGCUCCGGGGGACAGAUCAGGAGAUCCAGCGGGAGCUUGGAGCAAAAUCCGACCCAUUAAAGCUUCCGUCAUCACGCAGGUGUUCCACGUGCCGUCGGAGGAGCGCCGAUACAAGGACAACAGCCAGUUCGGGGAAGGAGAAGAGGCGAAAGUGUGCUUGGAUAUCAUGCAGAAGACCGGCGCUCACAUCGAGCUCUCUCUGGCUAAAGACCAAGGCCUCUCCAUCAUGGUGACCGGGAAGCUCGACUCGGUCAUGAAGGCUCGGAAGGAAAUCGUGGCUCGACUCCAGACUCAGGCUUCGGCAACGGUCAUCAUUCCGAAGGAGCACCAUCGCUUCGUGAUUGGGAAAAACGGAGAGAAAUUACAAGAGCUGGAACUGAAAACAGCCACCAAGAUCGCUAUUCCCCGUCCCGACGACCCGAACGCUAACAUACGCAUCACCGGUACCAAAGAGGGCAUCGAGAAAGCCCGGCACGAGAUUCUGCUCAUCUCUGCAGAACAGGACAAGCGUGCAGUGGAGCGUCUGUCUCUGGAGAAAGUCUUUCAUCCCUUCAUCGCCGGCGCGUACAACCGACUGGUCCAGGAGCUGAGCCAAGAGACAGGCGCGCGCAUCAGCAUCCCGCCUCCCAGCCUGCUUAAGGACGAGAUCGUCAUCACUGGGGAGAAGGAAGCGGUCGCCAUGGCGAUCACACGCAUCCGCGCCAUCUACGAGGAGAAGAAACGGAAAACGACGACCAUCUCUGUGGAAGUGAAGAAGUCUCAGCAUAAAUACAUCAUCGGACCAAAGGGCAACAGUCUGCAGGAGAUCAUGGAGAGCACCGGGGUGUCGGUCGAGAUGCCCCCGCUAGACUCCAGCUCUGAGAGCAUUAUCCUCAGAGGAGAACCGGACAAACUGGGACCUGCCCUGACGCAGGUGUACGCCAAGGCUAAGAGUGCGAUGGCAUUGGAAGUGACCGCACCAGCCUGGCUUCAUCGAUUCAUCAUAGGAAAGAAAGGACAAAACAUCGGACGCAUCACGCAGCAGCUCCCCAGGGUGCACAUCGAGUUUACAGACGGAGAAGAGCGGAUCGUUCUGGAAGGCCCGACUGAGGAAGUGGAGCAAGCUCGGGCCCAAAUACAGGAGAUUAUUAACGAUCUGAUGUCGAGGAUGGACUACACAGAAAUUAAUAUUGACCAGCGUUUUCAUAGACACCUCAUCGGCAAGAACGGGGCAAAUAUAAACCGGAUCAAGGAGCUGUACAAAGUGUCGGUGCGGAUUCCUCAGGACUCGGAUCGCUGCGGGCUGGUCCGCAUCGAGGGCGACCCUCAGGGAGUGCAGCGGGCUCGCCGGGAACUGAUGGACAUGGCCCAGCGCAUGGAAAACGAGCGCACCAAAGACCUGAUCAUAGAGCAGAAGUUUCACCGCACCAUCAUCGGCCAAAAGGGAGAGAGGAUCAAAGAAGUGCGAGACAAGUUUCCUGAGGUCAUCAUUACAUUUCCUGACCAGUCUCAGAAAAGCGACAUCGUGCAGCUCCGUGGGCCCAAGAACGAGGUGGAGAAGUGUGCCAAGUUUCUCCAGAAACUCCUGGUCGAGCUGGUUGAAAGCAGCUACUCGAUAUCAGUUCCCAUAUUUAAGCAGUUUCACAAAAAUAUCAUCGGCAAAGGCGGCGCCAACAUCAAAAAGAUCCGUGAAGAGACCAACACGAAGAUCGACCUCCCCACGGAGAACAGCGACUCAGAGACGAUCGUGAUCACAGGGAAGAGGAGUAACUGUGAGGCAGCGCGGGAGCGCAUCCUCGCCAUACAGAGAGACCUGGCCAAUCUGAAGGAAACGGAGGUGACCAUCCCGGCCAAGCUGCACAACUCUCUGAUCGGGUCGAAGGGGUGUCUGGUGCGCUCCGUGAUGGAGGAGUGUGGAGGCGUUCACAUUCACUUCCCCGCUGAGGGCUCAGGGGUGGACAGGGUGACCAUCCGUGGGCCUGCAGGAGAGGUGGAGAGAGCCAAGAAACAGCUACUGCAGCUCGCGGAGGAGAAGCAAGUCAACAAUUUCUCAGUAGACCUGCAGGCCAAGCCCGAGUACCACAAGUUCCUGAUUGGCCGAGGAGGGGCGAACAUUCGGCGAGUACGUGACCGGACUGGAGCUCGCAUCAUCUUCCCUUCGCCUGACGAACCAGAGCAGGAGCGUAUCACUAUCAUGGGCCGAGAGGAAGCAGUGCUGCUCGCUCAGAAAGAGCUGGAGAGCCUCAUUAAAAACCUGGAGGACGUGAUAGAGGACAGUAUGGUCGUGGACCCUCGGCAUCACCGCCAUUUUGUUUGUCGGCGAGGCCAGGUGCUGAGGGAGUUAACGGAGGAGUACGGUGGCGUCGCCGUUAGUUUCCCUCGUACAGGAACGCACAGCGACUGCAUCACUCUGAAAGGAGCCCGAGAGUGUGUGGAUGCUGCUAAGAAGCGCAUCCAGGAGAUCAUUCAGGAUCUGGAGUCUCAGGUGAGUGUGGAGGUGGUGAUUCCUCAGCGCUUCCACAGAGCCAUGAUGGGGCCCAAAGGCUGCAGGAUCCAGCAGAUCACUCGAGACCACGAGGUCCAGAUCAAAUUCCCAGAGAGAGAGGAAACAGCAGCUCAGGAAACGUCUCCAGCGGAGAACAACGGCACCAGCCCAGAGAAGACGGACUCCGUGGCUCGGAAAUGUGACAUCAUCAUCAUGACGGGUCGCGCGGAGAAGUGCGAGCCGGCACGAUCGGCCCUGCUAGCGCUGGUUCCUGUGACGGUUGACGUGGAGGUGCCUUAUGACCUGCACGGCUACAUCAUCGGCCAGAAAGGAGCCGGGAUCAGGAAGAUGAUGGAGGACUACGAGGUGAACAUCUGGGUUCCUCAGGCUGAGCAGCAGUCUGACGUGAUAAAGGUCAUGGGGCAGGAGGUCAGCGUGGCGAGAGCCAAGCAGGCGCUGAUGUGCAGAGUCAAGGAGCUCCAGGCAGAGCAGGAGGAGCGGGCCUUACGGAGCUACAAGGUGACCCUCUCGGUCGACCCUAAAUACCACCCCAAAAUCAUCGGCCGUAAAGGAGCCGUGAUCUCGCAGAUCCGCAAAGAACACGACGUCAGCGUGCAGUUCCCCGACAAGAGCGACGAGCGGCAGGACGCCAUAGUGAUCUGGGGUUACGAGCGGAACGUGGAGGAGGCCAAGGCGGCGAUAGAGCAGAUGGUCGCCGAGCUGCAGGAGAUGGUGAGCGAGGACGUCCGGCUGGAUCACCGGGUCCACGCACGCAUCAUCGGAGCUCGCGGCAAGGCCAUCCGCAGACUCAUGGAGGAGUUUAAAGUAGACACCAGGUUUCCUCAGCCAGGCUCGGACGACCCCGACAGAGUGACGGUCACAGGCCUGCCGGAGAACGUCGAUAAAGCCGUCGACCAUCUCCUCAACCUGGAAGAGGAAUAUAUGUUGAGCGUGACUGAGACGGAAACGUUGGCUGCCUAUAUGAAACCUCCGUCCCGGUUUGUGGGAGGAGGAGGAGGCGGAGACGAGGACGGCCGAGGCCCAGCUAAAGGCUUUGUCGUCAGAGACGCCCCUUGGAACGUCCCGGGCAGCAGCAAGGCACCUGACAUGAGCAGCGCUGAGGACUUCCCUACAUUCGGCUCUGGUGUGGCGCCGAAACAGACGUCCGCCUGGGGGCCCAAAAAGUUCUGAAAGAGAGAGAUGUGACUCAUCCGUACCCCUCUCUCUCUCUCUCUCUCUUUCUCGCUGUACCUAUAAACGUCGAGGAGAAAUCACAGAGCGUUUUCAGUAUGUACACGUAGCUUCCUCCCAGGGGUGAUCUCGUGCUCUUUUCUGUAUCCGUCUCUUUAAAUGCCAGCGGCGGUUCGGACCCGUCCGAACUCGCGUCACCUGCACUCUCUGCACUGUCCGUUCUCUCGUUAACGAAAUUUCACACGUUUUACCGUCUCAACCCGAGACGUGGCUCGUUUCCUGUUCCUAGCGACGACUAGCGGACGUGAAUCGUUUUAGAUUUUAAAUAAUCGCUUCGAGUCAUUCCGAACCUCUCUCAAAACUAGCUAGGAUUUCUACCGGCACUGACGUUACACUUUUAUAAUUUAGAGAACCCGUAGUUCACUGUGUGGUUGGUUUUUUUUUUUGUUUUGUUGUUUGUUUGUUUUUUUAAUAGCUUUUAAUGAACGUGUGUCAAUCAGGGCCUCGGGGUUUAGAAAACUUUGCGCACGCACAAAACAGUCAGUUCCAGCCAGCACUGGGCUUACUAGGAAACAUUAUGAAUGAAACCUACUUGAUAACAGCAGUUCCUAUAGCAAUAUCCUAACGAACAGAACAGCAAAAAAACAUUUUUUAAAGUACAGUUGCCUAACGAAGAGUUUGCGACUCAUGAUAAAUUAAAUGAACGCAUUGAAAUUUAUUUACUGACACAUCAAAACGACACGGGAGAAUAGUUAUAGCAAAAUAAUUACGCACACGGUGGAGAUAAAUAACCUCUGUACAACCGUGCUGAGCUGAAAAGCUGCACAGAAUGCACAAGAAGGUGAAUCUUGAAUGGAUGGAUGGAUGGAUGGAUGGAUGGAUGGAUAUACUGAUGGAUGGAUGGAUGGAUGGAUAUACGGAUGGAUGGAUGGAUAUACUGAUUGACUGAUUGAUGGAUGGAUGGAUAUAGUGAUGGAUGGAUGGAUGGAUGGAUAUACUGAAUGACUGAUUGAUUUAUGGAUGGAUAUACUGAUGGAUGGAUGGAUAGAUGGAUGGAUAUACUGAAUGACUGAUUGAUGGAUGGAUGGAUGGAUGGAUAUAGUGAUUGACUGAUGGAUGGAUAUACUGAUGGAUGGAUGGAUAUACUGAUUGACUGAUGGAUGGAUAUACUGAUAGAUGGUUGGAUAUACUGAUUGACUGAUGGAUGGAUGGAUGGAUGGAUGGAUAUACUGAUUGAUGGAUGGAUGGAUGGAUGGAUAUACUGAUUGAUGGAUGGAUGGAUGGAUAUAGUGAUGGAUGGAUGGAUGGAUGGAUGGAUGGAUAUAGUGAUGGAUGGAUGGAUGGAUAUAGUGAUGGAUGGAUGGAUGGAUGGAUGGAUAUAGUGAUGGAUGGAUGGAUGGAUGGAUGGAUAUAGUGAUGGAUGGAUGGAUGGAUGGAUGGAUGGAUAUAGUGAUGGAUGGAUGGAUAUAAUGAUGGAUGGAUGGAUGGAUGGAUGGAUAUAAUGAUGGAUGGAUGGAUAUAGUGAUGGAUGGAUGGAUAUAAUGAUGGAUGGAUGGAUGGAUGGAUGGAUAUAAUGAUGGAUGGAUGGAUAUAGUGAUGGAUGGAUGGAUAUAGUGAUGGAUGGAUGGAUGGAUAUAGUGAUGGAUGGAUGGAUAUAGUGAUGGAUGGAUGGAUGGAUGGAUGGAUAUAGUGAUGGAUGGAUGGAUGGAUGGAUGGAUGGAUGGAUAUAGUGAUGGAUGGAUGGAUGGAUGGAUGGAUAUAGUGAUGGAUGGAUGGAUGGAUGGAUAUAGUGAUGGAUGGAUGGAUGGAUGGAUGGAUAUAGUGAUGGAUGGAUGGAUGGAUGGAUAUAGUGAUGGAUGGAUGGAUGGAUGGAUGGAUGGAUGGAUGGAUAUAGUGAUGGAUGGAUGGAUGGAUAUACUGAUGGAUGGAUGGAUGGAUGGAUGGAUGGAUGGAUAUAGUGAUGGAUGGAUGGGCAAGAACAGGAGAAGUUCCACUUUUUUGCCUCAACAUGGCGUCCACUGAUGUGUCCAUUUAGACGGACAUCUUAGCUCCUGUCUGUAAAUAUCAGUUUUUCAGAUUUCCUUUUCAGUUCCUUACUUUUCCACCAGUCUCAGAAUUUCACACACGCUUCCAUGAUGAAAAUGCUUUAAUGCUUUUUGAGGACAGUUUUAUGCGUACGCAGCGUUUAUAAACGAGGCCGCAGAAGCGUUUGGUGCUUUUAGCCAUCCCUUAUUCCUGUAGAAAAAAAACUUUUACUGUUUUAUUAUUAUUAUUAUUAUUAUUAUUAUUAUUAUUAUUGGUCUUGAAACCAUACAGUAGCUGUCCAUAUAAUUCUCAUCUGGAGAUGAAUCUGUGAAAAAUAUUUAUUAUAUGCUGAUCUUCUGAUUUUUUUUUUCUUUUCUUUUCAUAUUUAUUUAUUUAUUUAUUAAUUUAAUCUGUAUAGUACAUAUUUGCAAAUGCGUGUAUAUAUAUUUGUUUGUCUGUAAUUAUGUGCUUUCACUUCAGAUUUCGUGAUACAUAAAAUGCUCAGAGGUGAACUUUUUAAAUGCAGGGUUUAAAAAAAAAGAAGAAAAAAAACAACAAAAAAAAACAAGAUCACGCGUAGGUCUUUUUAAAGAUGCCGUUUGUAACGUCGAAUACUGAAAUGUGAAUUUACAGUAAAAGUUACAAUAAACACAGUGACAAAACUCCCCCUUACCCUAAUCGACCCCACACGCUCUAACGUGUGUGUGUGUGUGUGUGUGUGUGUGUAUAUAUAUAUAUAUAUACACGGCUUAUUCGAUGAAGAAAAGAAAAAUUCAUUCAAAAAAGGCGACGGAGGUCAUUUCAGGGCCGGAAAAACUAACAACAGAAGCAUUAAACAAAGAAACGAUCCCGAUCUAUUACGUGGAAACGUCGUGGAUUACAGUAUCUCGAAGCGACGUGAUGAGCACGGGUUCAGAAGCACUCUUUAAAAUUACAAACCGCACCUUUAAAAUGUUUUCAGCUGUUUGGACGUGUACAGAUUUAUGAACAGAAACAAAACUUUUUUUCCUCCCCACACACAUCCGUCCCUCGUGGAUUCCUUACAAUUUUUUAAAAAAUGUUUUUUCUCUUUUUUUUUUAAAAAAAAAAAGUUUUAAAGCUUUCACCGUGCAAAAACAAAAAACAAACCUGCUGCUGCUAACGUCACUGUACACAGCCUGACGCGCUCGUAACGUUUUUAUGCCAUUAUACAACAAGUUUCAAACGUUUUUGGGUUGUUUUUUUUUGCUUCACUUUAUCUACGAUCGUCAAGUCCCGGUGCGCCUAGAGUUUACAGAUUAAGGGUUGGGCAUUUCAUUUCCUCGCUAAUCCACAGACAAACCUAAUGGGAUCUUCAGUUAAAGUGCAGAGAUAAUCCGCCGUGACGACGAGCUCGGGUAAAGCGAAGGAAACGUUUCCUCUUCCCCUUUUCACGAGUUCUCAGUCUUUAGAGUCGCGGUGGACUUUUAACGUUCUGCGUGACUUUUGCGUGUUUACGUAUGGACAAACAUCCGAUUCUCAGCAGCGAGAGACGGUAAGACUCUCGGCCUUAAACGGUAAUUAAAGGAUAUUUUGAACACGGUUUGAUUAAUUAUGCAACGCUGCAAUAAACCUGUCAGCGACAGUCUGAUUUUAUUUUAUUUUUUUCCUACUUGAAAAUAAAAUGAUUCAAAAUCGAA